AUGAGUCUUUUCAGCGACAUUGUCAAUUCGAUCGGCGGCGACAAGUCUCCUGCACCCCCGAGACUACCAGCAAGACCUUUGAGCGCGAAUGGGGUGCGACCAGCGUCCGAUGUCAGCAAGCCUGCCUCACGGCUCGGUGUACCGGCUGUUCCGUCACCACUGAACGGCGUCAAGCGGAAGGCCGAAGAUGGCCCACCAAAGCUGCCAGAGAAGCUCAUCAAGCCGAAUCCGAACUCCACUACUACCAACAGAAUCACUCAUCGUCCAGCUGCCCCUCCGCUCAAUGCCCCGAAAGCGGCCAAUGAGAAGUCUGAGAAGAAUUUGGCCGCACCCAGACCGAAGCUCAACACCACCACGGAUCUCCCAGCCAGGGCGGCCGUUGUCUCAACAGCAUCGCCCACUACAGCUGCCAAAGGUCCAGCAAAGGGUUCAUACGCAGAGUUGAUGGCAAGGGCAAAACAAGCACAGACGGAGAAAGCCCAACAAAGUCAAGUUGGCAUGAUCAAACACCAGCCAACGCACCGAGAAAGAGUGUCCAAGGCGAUGGAGAGACGGCGGCAAGAGGAAGAAAAGGCCAAGGCGAGCAAGGAGAAACCCCGCGGGACGAGGCCUGCACCUGGGAAACAACAGGUCAAGUCUCGAAGCGUUAGCCCCGCGAAGAGGACCGAUCAGCCGAGAGUGCCGAAAGCCCCUCGCCCGCCGUUGCAUGCUCCUCCAUCUUCCUCUUACAAGGGAACCAUGGGCAUCACAUCUGGCCGUACAGCUAAGCCGCCACCCAAGCGGAGGAAGUACGACGAAUAUCUUGGCACUGACGAAGAAGACGAAUCAGACGACAUGGGUGGCUACGGCGAGGGUGAGGAAGAUGAUUAUGGAUCGGACGCCUCCUCUGACAUGGAAGCUGGGCUGGACGACCUGGACGCGGAAGAGCAGAGAGCGCUGAAGGCCGCUAAGGAAGAAGAUGCCCGAGAGUUGGCUUUGGAAAACCAGCUGAAGCGGGAGAAAGAAGAGAAACGAAAGAGGCUCAUGGCGCUUGCCGACAAGCGGAGAAAGUGA